CUCUGCGUUGCACUCAAGCAUCUUUGGACCAGGGAGGUGGCGUGAGGCAGCUGCCCGUCUCUCCCCUCUGGGGGAAGGAGCAGCUCCCAGCCUUGGAGCGGGAAGCAGAAGGGCAGGAGACCAGAUGGAAGGGAGGCCAUUAAAGGGGGAGAGCAGAGACACCAAAGCUCUCCCCGGCACACCCCAAGCCCAGGCGCUGGCUGCGUCCCCCUGUCCUGGCCUUGUGGCAAGACUGCUGGCUCCUGGAGUCAUGUGACAUCUCCCACUCUCCCCACCCGGGCACUGUUUGGGUCCAGGUGACACCCGGUGAUUCCACACCUCUGCACCCCAGCCAGCCCUGUGGGGACCUGCUGCCGGCUCGGGAGCCAGUGCCAGCAGCCGCCAUGGCGUCGCGCAUCGGGCUGCGCAUGCAGCUCAUGCGGGAGCAGGCGCAGCAGGAGGAGCAGCGGGAGCGCAUGCAGCAGCAGGCCGUCAUGCAUUACAUGCAGCAGCAGCAGCAGCAGCAGCAGCUGGGCGGGCCCCCCACCCCAGCCAUCAACACUCCCGUGCACUUCCAGUCGCCGCCACCUGUGCCCGGGGAAGUGCUGAAGGUGCAGUCCUACCUGGAGAACCCCACCUCCUACCACCUGCAGCAGUCCCAGCACCAGAAGGUGCGGGAGUACCUGUCCGAGACCUACGGGAACAAGUUUGCCGCCCGCCUCAGCCCUGCCCAGGGCUCCCCGAAGCCCCCGCCCGCGGCCUCCCCAGGGGUGCGAGCUGGACAUGUGCUGUCCUCCUCCGCUGGCAACAGUGCUCCCAACAGCCCCAUGGCCAUGCUGCACAUCAGCUCCAACCCUGAGAGGGAGUUCGAUGACGUCAUUGACAACAUCAUGCGCCUGGACGACGUCCUGGGCUACAUCAACCCGGAAAUGCAGAUGCCCAACACGCUACCCCUGUCCAGCAGCCACCUGAACGUGUACAGCAGCGACCCCCAGGUUACAGCCUCCCUGGUGGGCGUCACCAGCAGCUCCUGCCCUGCAGACCUGACCCAGAAGCGAGAGCUCACAGAUGCUGAGAGCAGGGCCCUGGCUAAGGAGCGGCAGAAGAAGGACAAUCACAACCUAAUCGAGAGGAGGCGGAGGUUCAACAUCAACGACCGCAUCAAGGAGCUGGGAAUGCUGAUCCCCAAGGCCAACGACCUGGACGUGCGCUGGAACAAGGGCACCAUCCUCAAGGCUUCGGUCGAUUACAUCCGGAGGAUGCAGAAGGACCUGCAGAAGUCCAGGGAGCUUGAGAACCACUCUCGGCGCCUGGAGAUGACCAACAAGCAGCUCUGGCUCCGCAUCCAGGAGCUGGAGAUGCAGGCUCGCGUGCAUGGCCUCCCCACCACGUCCCCGUCGGGCAUGAACAUGGCGGAGCUGGCGCAGCAGGUGGUGAAGCAGGAGCUGCCCAGCGAAGAGGGUCCAGGAGAGGCUUUGAUGCUGGGGGCCGAGGUCCCUGACCCCGAGCCACUGCCGGCUCUGCCUCCCCAGGCCCCGCUACCCCCGCCUGCCCAGCCACCGUCCCCAUUCCCUCACCUGGACUUCAGCCACGGCCUGAGCUUUGGGGGCGGGGGUGACGAGGGACCCCCAGGCUACACCGAGCCCCUGGGGCCAGAGCAUGGCUCCCCGUUCCCCAACCUGUCCAAGAAGGAUCUGGACCUGAUGCUCCUGGACGACUCCCUGCUCCCACUGGCCUCUGACCCCCUCUUCUCCACCAUGUCCCCCGAGGCCUCCAAGGCCAGCAGCCGCCGGAGCAGCUUCAGCAUGGAGGAGGGGGACGUGCCGUGACCCUGGCUGCCCUGUGCCCGGGAGCUGGGAGGCCGGGGCACCCCUCCCACCCUCCAGGCUGCUCUGCUGUGUGAAGUAGCCACCUGCCUGCCUCACUCCUCCCUGCCGGCCCCCAGUUUGGACUUAGCACCCGCCUGGCAGCCCGUGGGGUCAGGAGAAGCCCCCACCCUCCGGCACCCUCUCCAUGGGCCGGUGGGAAUAGGAGGUGAGAUCCUGAGGGGGAGGUGAGGGGACAGAAGCCGAGGUCCUGGGGGAAUGCCUAUCUUCUGAGGCUGAUCCCCUGCCGCCAGUGAAGGACAGGUUGGACCCGCAGGGGGUUCAGGAAGCUCCUUCUCUGAGGCAGCACUGGUCCGGGGUGCCCAGGACUGCCCUUCUGGGACUCAGAUGGCCACGAGGCUGGCACUCCCCUUUGGUGCUAACAGCCCUCCACCAGGUGGUGGGAGGGUGGGGUGGCAGGAAGAGGGGGCUGAGUUCAGGCUGGAGAGCAGCUCCCGGCCGAUGUCCCUCCGUGCCUUUAGUAAACACUGUGCUUUGUA